CGUGACAGCCCUGGUAGAAGCCUGAGCUGCGGGCUCCUGGUGAGUGAUCGAGCAAGGGAGUGAGUGGGCUGAGUCGAGCCAAGCUGAGCCAAGCUGAGGGAGCCCAGGCGAUCGCAGCGUUUCCUUUCUCCCAGACGCGCUGUGAGGUUGGGGAAGCUGCCGCAGAGCCUGCCUCUGGCCCUACAGCCCAGCUCUUCCUUUUGCUCUGUCCCCCAGACUCGCCAUGCUAAUUCCCGGCCGAAGGCUUCGGUGCUGUCCAGCGUCUCCCAGCAUGUGUCCCCGCUGAGGCGCCCCCUCCCCGCGCCCUUGAGCGCCAAGGGCCCCCUGCCCUACGCUCCCCUUCCCUCACCCUUCCUUCCCCUCCCCAUCCUCGCGGGCCCUGCGCGCCCAGCCUCCCAGUGAGUUGGGGCGCAGCCCCGGGGGGCCAGGAUGGUGCAGAAAUCCCGCAAUGGGGGCGUCUAUCCCGGGCCCAGCGGAGAGAAGAAACUCAAGGUGGGCUUCGUUGGGCUGGACCCCGGGGCCCCCGACUCCACCCGGGACGGGGCACUGCUUAUCGCCGGCUCGGAGAGCAGCAAACGCGGCAGCAUUCUCAGCAAGCCCCGCUCGGGCGGCGCCGGCACUGGCAAACCCCCGAAGCGCAAUGCCUUCUACCGCAAGCUGCAGAAUUUCCUCUACAACGUACUGGAGAGACCCCGAGGCUGGGCCUUCAUCUAUCAUGCCUAUGUGUUCUUGCUGGUUUUCUCUUGCCUGGUGCUGUCAGUGUUCUCCACCAUCAAAGAAUAUGAGAAGAGUUCAGAAGGUGCCCUCUACAUCUUGGAAAUCGUCACUAUCGUGGUUUUUGGGGUGGAGUACUUUGUGAGGAUCUGGGCUGCUGGCUGCUGUUGUCGCUACCGGGGCUGGAGGGGAAGACUGAAAUUUGCCCGAAAACCCUUCUGUGUCAUCGACAUCAUGGUGCUGAUAGCCUCGAUUGCUGUGUUGGCUGCGGGAUCCCAGGGCAAUGUGUUCGCCACUUCAGCCCUGCGGAGUUUGAGAUUCUUGCAGAUUUUGAGGAUGAUUCGAAUGGAUCGGAGAGGAGGCACCUGGAAACUCCUGGGUUCAGUGGUGUAUGCUCAUAGCAAGGAGCUGGUCACUGCCUGGUAUAUCGGUUUCCUUUGCCUCAUUCUGGCUUCCUUCUUGGUGUACUUGGCCGAGAAAGGAGAGAAUGAUCACUUCGACACCUAUGCAGAUGCACUCUGGUGGGGCCUGAUUACUCUGACUACCAUUGGGUAUGGUGAUAAGUAUCCCCAGACCUGGAAUGGACGACUAUUGGCUGCUACUUUCACUCUCAUUGGAGUCUCCUUCUUUGCUCUCCCUGCUGGAAUUUUAGGUUCAGGGUUCGCUCUGAAGGUUCAAGAACAGCAUCGCCAGAAGCACUUUGAGAAGAGACGAAAUCCUGCAGCCGGCCUGAUCCAGUCUGCUUGGAGAUUCUACGCCACCAACCUCUCUCGGACAGACCUCCACUCGACAUGGCAAUAUUACGAGCGCACAGUCACCGUCCCCAUGUACAGCUCGCAAACACAAACUUACGGGGCCUCCAGACUGAUUCCACCUCUCAACCAAUUGGAACUUCUUCGAAACCUGAAAAGCAAAUCUGGACUCACUUUCAGGAAAGAACCUCAGCCUGAGCCAUCGCCAAGUAAAAGCAAACCGUGCAAAGAGUCUCUGUGUGGAUGCUGCUCUGGAAACUCUAGAGGCCCCGGGGAACUCCUGGAGUUUAUUGAGGAAGAGAAUGACAAAGGCGGACCAGCGCAGCUGUGUGACCUCCCCCCCAGUCAGAAGGUCAGUUUGAAAGAUCGUGUCUUCUCCAGUCCCCGAGGCGUUGGUGCCAAGGGGAAAAGUUCUCCGCAGGCCCAGAGUGUCCGGAGGUCACCCAGUGCAGACCAGAGCAUUGAGGACAGCCCAAGCAAAGUGCCCAAGAGCUGGAGUUUUGGGGAUCGAAACCGAGCUCGGCAAGCAUUCCGGAUCAAAGGUGCAGCAUCAAGGCAGAACUCAGAAGAAGCAAGUCUCCCAGGAGAGGACAUCGUGGAUGACAACAAAAGCUGCAACUGUGAAUUUGUGACGGAAGAUUUGACUCCAGGCCUGAAAGUCAGCAUCAGGGCAGUGUGUGUCAUGCGCUUUCUUGUUUCCAAACGGAAGUUCAAGGAGAGCCUGAGGCCCUAUGACGUGAUGGAUGUCAUUGAACAAUAUUCAGCUGGACACCUGGAUAUGUUAUCUCGGAUUAAAAACCUUCAGUCCAGGAUAGAUAUGAUUGUGGGUCCCCCACCCCCUUCAACUCCCCGGCAUAAGAAGUACCCAACCAAAGGACCCAAAGAAUCGCCCCAAUACUCGCCUAGAGUGGACCAGAUUGUUGGACGGGGCCCAGCAAUUACUGACAAGGACCGUACUAAGGGGCCGGCAGAAGGGGAACUACCUGAGGACCCCAGCAUGAUGGGCCGGCUUGGGAAAGUGGAGAAACAGGUUCUCUCCAUGGAGAAGAAGUUGGACUUCCUGGUGAACAUUUACAUGCAGCGGAUGGGCAUUCCUCCGACAGAAACGGAAGCCUACUUUGGUUCUAAGGAACCAGAACCUGCUCCUCCCUAUCAUAGUCCAGAGGAGAGCCGGGAGCACAUCGACAAGAACGGCUGUAUCAUCAAGAUCAUCCGCUCCACCAGCUCCAUGGGGCAAAAGAAUUUUUCUGCCCCUCCAGCACCGGCCAUGCCUUCCAAUACAUGCCCCCCAUCCACUUCAUGGCAGCACCAAGCCUAUCAGCGACAGAGUCACGGGUCCUCUCCAGUAGGAGAUAAUGGCUCUUUAGUCCGAAUCCCCCCCCCACCGUCCCAUGAGCGGUCCCUGUCUGCCUACAGUGGGGGUAACCGGGCUAGUAUGGAAUUCCUCCGUAAUGAGGACAUGGCUGCCAAGCACCAUGAGAGUGCCUUGAGGGACAGCGACACCUCGAUCUCAAUCCCCUCAGUGGACCAUGAGGAACUGGAGCGUUCCUUCAGUGGCUUUAGCAUUUCCCAGUCCAAGGAGAACUUGGAUGUUCUGAACAGUUGCUAUGCAGCCGUGGCCCCUUGUGCGAAAAUCAGACCCUACAUUGCAGAGGGGGAAUCAGACACUGAUUCUGAUCUUUGCACACCCUGUGGCCCCCCGCCACGGUCAGCCACUGGGGAGGGCCCCUUCAGUGACAUGGGCUGGUCAGGCCCUCGCAAAUGAAGCCCUUGCUAUCUAACCAGCUGUUGGUUCACAUUAUCCACACGAUGAACUCUUUUCCAGGGAACUGGCCACCAAGAAUUUGUGUUUCAGAAACUUGCUUAGCUCUGGGACACUCUCUAAUAGCUGUGUUGAGUG